GCAGGUGGCCAUAAAUUGAAGACAUUUAAUGGCUUCCACUUAUGUUGCAGUAAGUGAUUGUACUAUGGUCAUCAUUUAUUGAGCAUGGCCAGUUUCCACGCAUCUUCACGUGUUAGUUGAGCAACCUUUAAUACACGGCGACUUCCCCAACUGUACUGGUGUUAAGAACAAAAACUAAAUGGAAAAUGUAUAUCAUGGAUGAAGCUGUAAGGUCACCGGCGGAGGGAGGGAGGUUGGGGACACCAAUGUCGAGCAGGAAGAAGCUGGGGAUUCACUUCAUUGAGUCUGAGGAUAGAAGAAUGGCAUUUGGUCGCGGCUACUCAACACCAGCUGGAUCUACACCGGUCGAUAUCCAUGGCAAAUCCAUUGUUGACCUUUCUAAGACUGGUGGUUGGAUUGCUGCCUUGUUCAUCUUUGGGAAUGAGAUGGCAGAAAGAAUGGCAUAUUUCGGGCUAUCAGUGAACAUGGUGGCGUUCAUGUUCUACGUGAUGCACAGACCCUUCAGCAGUUCAUCGAAUGCAGUGAACAACUUCUUAGGGAUAUCUCAAGCAUCAUCGGUACUGGGUGGUUUUCUAGCAGAUGCGUAUCUGGGGAGAUACUGGACAAUAGCCAUCUUCACUAGCAUUUAUCUGGCGGGUUUGGCGGGAAUAACAUUGUGCGCAACAAUGACGAUAUUUACACCCAAGCAAGAGGGAUGUGAGCAGCUGGCGCUGCUGUUAGGGGAGUGCGAGGCUGCGAAGCCAUGGCAGAUGAGUUACCUGUACACGGUGCUGUACAUGACGGCGUUUGGAGCGGCAGGGAUAAGGCCAUGCGUGUCAUCAUUUGGAGCAGACCAGUUCGACGAGAGGAGCAAGAACUACAAGGCACACCUGGAUAGGUUCUUCAACUUUUUCUAUCUGUCGGUGACGGUGGGUGCAAUUGUGGCCUUCACGGUGGUGGUGUAUGUCCAGAUGAAGCAUGGGUGGGGAGCUGCCUUUGGAUGUCUGGCAAUAGCAAUGGGAUUGUCCAACAUGCUCUUCUUCAUCGGGACCCCCUUGUACAGGCACAGGCUCCCUGGUGGCAGCCCCCUCACCAGGGUGGCUCAGGUCUUGGUUGCUGCAUUCAGAAAGAGGAACGCUCCUUUUGGAAGCGGCGGCUUCGUUGGCCUCUACGAGCUCCCCGGCUCCCACUCUGCCAUCAAGGGAAGCAGAAAGAUCCCUCACACCGACCACUUCAGCUUUCUCGACAAGGCAGCUCUGCAGUUGAAGGAAGAUGGGUGCAGCCCGUGGAGGCUGUGCACUGUGACGCAAGUGGAAGAGGUCAAGAUCCUCAUUCGCCUCAUCCCAAUAGCAGCAUCCACAAUAAUGCUGAAUGUGGUGCUAACAGAGUAUCUGACACUCUCAGUGCAGCAAGCAUACACCAUGAACACCCACUUGGGCCAUCUGAAGCUUCCCGUUACAUGCAUGCCCGUCUUUCCUGGCCUCAGCAUCUUCCUCAUCCUCUCUCUCUACUACUCCCUCUUCGUCCCCCUCUUCCGCCGCAUCACCGGCCACCCUCACGGCGCCUCUCAGCUCCAGAGAGUAGGUAUCGGCCUUGCCGUCUCCAUCGUGUCCGUUGCCUGGGCAGCAGUCUUCGAGAAAUAUCGAAGAGAGUAUGCAGUACAGCAUGGAUUCGAAUCCAGCUUCCUGACGCCGAUGCCGAAUUUAAGCGCCUACUGGCUUCUCAUACAGUACUGCCUGAUUGGAGUGGCAGAGGUGUUUUGCAUCGUGGGGCUUCUGGAAUUUCUGUACGAGGAGGCACCCGAUGCCAUGAAGAGCAUUGGCUCUGCAUAUGCUGCUCUUGCUGGUGGCUUAGGCUGUUUUGCCGCCACCAUCAUCAACACCAUCGUCAAAUCCGCCACUACUACUCACAACGGCUCCCGCUCAUGGCUCUCACAGAACAUCAAUACUGCCAGGUUUGAUUACUUUUACUGGCUUCUAACCGCAUUCAGCCUUCUCAAUUUCUGCUCAUUCUUGUAUUUCGCACAUACAUACCAAUACAGGACUACACCCCAUAAUGCUCCUCAUGACGAUCAUAAUACGCCAACUAUAAUGUAAAACUUUCAGAAUCAGUCCAUAAUCCUAUAUAUAUUGUAAAACUUCGUUCCUAUCGGUUAUUAAUUAUUAUAUAUCAAUCUGGUUUGUGCAUUACUGCAUAUA